AAUCACUCUCUUUUCUAUCUUUGUCCUCUUCACCUUCUUGUAUUCCCUUCAUAGGCUUCGCGUUUCCUCUGUUUCUGAUUCGAUAGUGUGUUCGAGUGUUUUCCUUAAACAAUGGUCGUCAUGGAUGGGAGUUUGGACGACAAUGAGUUUUGGCUUCCUCCUCAGUUUCUUGCUGAUGAUGAUAACAUGUUACACCAAAAUGACCAAAACUGCUUGGAUGAAUCAUUGAAGGGGUCGAGCGAGACGAUAAGAGAAGAGGAGGAUUCUGUCUCUGGUUUGAUUCUUCGUAUGGCUCGCUUCACCAUUGAUGACGGAUGGGUUUUGUCUGGAUCGCCACAAUCUACUCUGUGUGAUAUGGAGAGUGGAAGUAGUUGUAGUCAAGUUUCUAGUCGUGGAAGUCCAAAAGGUAAUUCGAAGGCUCAAUCUCCUCCGCCUAUAAGGGAUUUAUUGCAUGCGGUUGCAGAGGAAGUUGCGAGGAUGAGAGUCAAUGAGAGCCAUGGGGGGGUUCUUCAUCAAAACAGAGGAAUAUCUCAAGUCUCUGUUCCGGUGAAAAACCCGACCACCGGUACCGGAUUCUACCAGAAGUUGCAUGGUCCGCAACGACAAAACUUGACUGUUGAUGAGCAGAUAAAUUCUCGUACGAGAAAUCAACAGCAACAAACCCAUCAGAUGGUUCAAAAUGGAAUAAGUGACUAUAACGGAUUGUCCUCAUUGGAAAGGCUUCCACUGCCACAAGGUUAUAGAACUGAAGGAGGCAAAAGGGAAUUCGCUGGAACUGGUGUAUUUUUGCCUCGACAUACCAACGCAGAAGCUGACGAACGCCGAAAACCAGCGUGUUCAACGGUGUUGGUUCCAGCAAAAGUAAUGAAAGCUUUGAAUCUUAAGCUUGACGACAUUUGCAAUAAUAAUCCCCAUCUUGAACCCGUCGACGGUGGACGAUUGAAUUCAGGCAACGAUGUUCUAUUGAGGCUGCAAAUCAACCGUGAUGGAAAUCAUCAAAAACGCAACCACCGUCGAGAGACAUCAACGGACCAGGAAAUCAAGCUUCCCCAAGAAUGGAUUUAUUGAAAUGAUUCAAGAGUCAUGGAAUUUUAUGAAAAUGAAGAUAUAUGUAAGUUGGAAUAAGAAUUUUGGUAUUCUAAUGAGGAAGAGAAUUGCUAGGGAUAGCUAGCAACUAUAAUGUACACAUCAAGUUUUUUUUUCUCUUUUGUUCUUUGUUGGGCGAGGGAUUAUGGUCAGUCACUCAUAGUUAUGAACAAGGGUGGAUGCAAAAAUAAGUGUAUUUUUCAUCUCUUUCUAUGUCAAUAAAUUGUUCUAUAUUCUAUAAA